UCAUCAUUCAACAAUCAUUAUGUUUUUGAAAUCAUUUUCAAACAUCUAGUCGAAUAUACUAAUGAUAAUCAUCAUGAUGAUGAUGAUAGUUUUACAGUUCAUCAUCAAUGUGUUCAUUGGGAUGAAUCGCUCAAUCAUUGGUCCAGUGAACAUUGUAUAUUGAUAGAAUCGAAUCAAACACAUUCAAUAUGUCGUUGUAGACCGGUUAUUGAUUUAUCUAUUUGUACAAUAUUGGCUAUUGGUCCAAAAACGAAACAUUAUCAUAAUCAUCAUUAUCAAAAUCAUCAACAACAACAACAACGACAAUCAACUUAUAAUUUGACCAGUUUGGAAUUACCCGAUGAAUAUGAUAAUCAAAUGUCAAAUGAAUUGAUAUUAUCCAAACAUAGUGGAAUAUUAUCAUUAAUACUUAUCAUCUAUAUAUGGUUGGCAUUAUUUUUAAUCAGAUAUCAUCAAAAUUAUUUCAAUCAAUCCAAUUUCCUAAUAUUAUUAUUGAUCUGUAUUGUCCGAACAUUGAUUGAAUUAAGUUCAACAUACAAUAUUAUCGGCUUGUUUAUUAAUAAUAAUGAAAAUUCAUUAUUUUGGUCAAUCAAAAAUCAAAAAUGGUGUCGUUCACGAAUGUUUAUAAUUAUUUUUCAAUUACAAUUGAUUUGUUCAUUAUUCACUGUAUUUUUAUUUCAAAAUGUGAUCAUCAUAUUAUUGGCGGGAAAAAUUUAUUUAACUAAAAAUUAUUACAAUAGUUUAUGUGCAAUCAAACGUUCAAAACAUUUACAAUUAAUCAUUGCCAUAUUGUUUCCAUUGAUAAAUCUUUUCAUUCUGUAUACAUUAUUAUACAAGAAUUUUCUAACAAAUUGUUGGCCAAAUUUUGAUUCAAUAGUUACUGCAUUUUUUGUUACAUCACCUGUUUUACAGAUAACAUUGAUACUUACCGUUGGUAUAAUUUAUUUACAUUGUUCACAACGUUUCUUUUCCGAAUAUGAUUAUCCAAACAAUAUUAUGGUACAAUUUACAUUUCAACAAACACAAGAUUUAUGUUUAAUGGAAAAAUAUAUUAAAGAAUUAUUUUUUAACAGAUGUAAACAUACAAUAAUAUGGAUGACAGCUAUUGUGAUAUAUAUAAUUUGUAUUGUUGGUUGUAUAUGUUUAACACUUUAUUAUCAUCAUACAUCAUAUGCAAUGAUUGGUAUUGAUAUUACAAUUUCAUUAACAUUUUUAUUAUUUGCAAGAAUCAAAUAUUUUUUAAAUUUGAUUGUAAAAUGUUUCGAUAAAAAUUAUCAUAAUCGAUCAUCGAAAAAUAUAAAUGAUCAUCAUAAUCAUCAUCAUUGUUAUACUGCAACAAAUUGUAAUAAUUUAACAAUUGGCCAACAUCAACAACAACAACAACAAAUAGAAUCAUCAGCAUCAUCUUCCAUUGAUUCAAAACAAACUCGUGAAAAUUCUAUUAGUAUAUUGUCGGAUACAAGUAAAACAUUUUUAACAUUACCACCACCAUCAACAGCCAAUGGUCAAAUGUCAAUGUUAGGCUCACCAAAAAUCUAUCCAACACAUCAAUCAUCAUGUAUUUAUGGUAAUGGAUUUAAUAUUAUUGCAAGUCCUAGCCAUAUAACAACAAAUUCUACAACAUCCAACAAUAUAAAUCCAUCAUCUCAUUUAUAUGAAUCUCCUAGUCAUUUAUACAAUUAUGAAUAUGAACGAAGAUUUGUUGUUGGACAGAAAAAUGGAAAAAAUUCUUUAUUAUCAUCACCAUCAACAACAACAAUGAACCAAAUAUAUAAUACGGCUAUAAUAUCCGCUACACAAGCCAGUCAUCAUCAUCAUAAUCACCAUCAUCAUCAUCGACAAUUCUAUCCGCUUGAUGGAAUAAUACUGCCACCUAAUUCAACAGCAGUGAAUCAUCAUCAACAACAACAACGACAUUCAUCCAUUCGUGAUUCCAACAUGAGUCUUAAUCGUAUACGGCCACAUUUUGCCUCAUCACACCUACAACAACAACAACAACAUGGCACAUCAACUAAUCGAGCAUUUUCAUUUGAUCGACCCAAUUUUUCUUAAUGAAAACAAAAAAUGUUGCCAUCAAACAUGGGACCCAAAGAAACCAGAAAAAAACAUCAUAAUUUAUAUGGAAAAAGAAUCCA